AUGGAUUCGGUAGAGAUUGUUAAGGAUGCGGAUGUUGUUAUACCUAGAAAAGUCGUCCGAAAGGUACAGGAAAAGUUUGAGAAUGUUUUGUAUGGAUAUUUUUUAGGUAAUCGUCUACCUUUCCCAGUGGUGGAGUAUUACGCUAAAAACAUGUGGUCUAAGUAUGGGUUUUCUAAACUGAUGAUGAAUUCGGAUGGUUUCUUUUUCUUUAAAUUUGAUUCGAAAGAGGGUAUGGCUAAAGUGCUGGAAGGGGGACCAUGGUUAAUCAGGAAAGUUCCAUUGUUCUUAAAUGUGUGGUCACCGUCUGUUAGCUUGAAAAAGGAGGGUAUAAAAUCUAUUCCGGUGUGGGUGAAGAUGUUUAAUGUUCCUAUCUCCGUUUACACGGAUGAUGGCUUGAGCUUGUUAGCAUCCAAGAUAGGGACCCCGAAAAGACUUGAUGGUUAUACGGCUGAUAUGUGUGCGGAUAGCUGGGGGAGGAGCAGAUUUGCUCGGGCAUUAAUUGAGAUAGAUGCGGAUAACGAAUUGAAAGAUCAUAUCGUUGUUGCUAUUCCAAAGCUAGAUGAUGAUGGGUACAUUACUGAAAAGGUGAAAGUGGAGUAUGAAUGGCAGCCGCAACGUUGCUCGUUAUGUUAUAUCUUUGGCCAUAAUGACCAGACAUGUGCCAAGAAUGUCCAAAAUAAAGCAAAACAUGUGGUUAUUGAUGAGGAUGGUUUUACUAUGGAUAAGAGGAAGGUGGCACGGGUGGGUAUGAUGCAUAAAAAGCAAAAGCCGAAAUUCGUUUGUAAGUCUAAAGUGAACAAAUCUCGGCCGAGCACAUCUGGCACAAAACAGGAUAAAAUGGAUGACACUAGGAAUGAAAAGGUGAAAACACAAAACUCCUUUGAUGCUCUAACUAUGGAUGAUGGGGAUAUGGAUGUCCGUAUCACACGAAAAGUUAGUGAGGGGAAGUCUGGUGGGAUAGAAAGUAAUGGAAAAACUGCUCAAGUGGAUGAUGAGGUGGUGGAAACGGUUCCUACUGAAAUGUUUGCUUUUAUGCAAUGUGAUCAGCAAAAACAUUCUGAGGGGGCAAGCACUCCCGGUCACAACGGUGUUAAUGGAUAG